AUGUUUAAACAUAGUUUUAAAUAUUACAAAUCAAAAAAUCCGCCUCCUAAUUUUGAAGAGGUUUUAGAUUUUCAAAAACCAGAAUUUGAAUUAAAUGGCAUAGUAAUAUAUAAAGACUUGGCAUUGAAAAGCUCUUUGUGUAAUUAUGGCCUAAAAAACCUCAAAGAUUGGAGAGUAUAUCAAAUUCCAUCAAAGAAUGGUUUUAUUUUUAUUAGAAAUCCAUUUACCCAUGCAGGUCAAAGAUAUUGGAUAAAAAAAUGCUUAAAAGAUUAUUCAAGGAAGCCAAACAAAUUAAAUAUAGAUAACUUUAAUGUUAUACCAAGUGAUAAAAAUUGGUGGGAUACAGCUCAAAGUGAUAAAACAUUACUACAAUCUUUAAGGUGGGCUACACUGGGUUACCAUCACAAUUGGGAUACGAAAAUUUAUUCUGAAGAUAAUCGAAGUGAUUUUCCUAGUGAUUUAAAAGAUAUGACUGAAUAUAUAGCUCGAAAAUUGGGUUUUAUGGAUUUUAUAGCUGAAGCAGCUAUCGUGAAUUACUACCAAUUGAAUUCGACUCUUUCUGGACAUACUGAUCACUCAGAACAAAAUUUAGAAGCUCCUUUAUUUUCUUUUAGCUUUGGACAAACUGCUGUAUUUUUGUUAGGAGGUAAAACUAUUGAUGAAAAGCCAGUGGCAAUGUUCUUACGAAGUGGAGAUAUUUUAAUAAUGAGUAAACAAUCUAGAUUGUGUUACCAUGGAGUUCCAAGAGUAAUAAAAAUAGACCAUGAUAUAUGGAAUGAUGAAGACGAGUUUAAUUCAAAUAAUUAUUAUGAAGCUAAUGAUGCUUUAUGGACACCAUUUAAUAAUUAUUUAAGCCAUUCUAGAAUUAAUAUGAAUGUACGACAGGUUUUACAUACUGGACAGCUUAAGCUGUGUCACUGA